AUGACUUUCCACAAAUUCCUCCUCGUCGCAUUGAUCGUCGGCCCAAUUUUCGUAUUGGCUCGACCAAGCCAAGACUCGAAAUGGCAAAAUGAUCAAGAACAAAACGAUAAUCAAAAUGGAAAUGGAUGGGGAAACGGACAAAAUGAAGAUGGAUGGGAACAUGGACAAAAUGGACAGGGCCAAAAUGGACAUGGACAUGAAGGAAAUGAUAACGAUGGAUGGGGACAAAAUGGACAAAGAGGAAACAAUGGAAAUUGGAAUGGAAAUGGAUGGGAUGAUAGCUCUGAUAGCUCUGAUAGCUCGCGAGAUUCCAAUAGCAAUGAGCAUGGAAAUGGACAAAACAGACGGUGUUAUUGUCCAUUCAACUUUGGAGAUUUCACCCAGCGAGCCUGUGCCCUUGAUUGGAUCUCUCACUCUAAAGUCACCGGCACCGGCAAAAAAGUGAUCAUCAAUGGAAUCAAGUACAAACAGUACACACUUCAGCACAUCCAGGUCUACAAAGGUGAAGCCAGUCUGCCAACAAGCCUCUUUGUCCCUAAGGGAAGCUGUGGAAUCAAUCUCAAUAACAAGAAGGAUUAUCUCUUGAGUGGCAAUCUUAUUAACGGAAAUCAACUCACCGCCACCAGUUGUACGCAACUUUUCGCCAAGAAUUCCCCACAAUGGAAGCAGGUACCAAAGAAUUUGAUCAAGAAGCUCGAGAAUCUCACUUGUCCAUCGACUACUGCUUUUCCAUCAACAGUUACAACUGGAUCUUUCACUUCUCCAACCUCUGAGGGAUCCUCAACCACAGAAAGUGGAUCAACUAUUAGUGGAUCAACUGCUAGUGGAUCAACUUUUCUCCCUACUGGAUCCACUUCUGAAACCUCAACAUCAACUGGUGCAGUGACAACCACUCAAGAAUCAGCUGCCGGAUCAGCUGCCGGAUCAGCUGCCGGAUCAGCUGCCGGAUCAGCUGCCGGAUCAGCUGCCGGAUCAGCUGCCGGAUCAGCUGCCGGAUCAGCUGCCGGAUCAGCUGCCGGAUCAGCUGCCGGAUCAGCCGCCGGAUCAGCCGCCGGAUCAGCCGCCGGAUCAGCUCUUUUCUAUAAGUUUUCGUUGAAAGUACACAAGGGAACUUCAACCGAUGUUGCAAAAGUUUUUCUCAAUGUGAGAGGCAAUCUUGAAGAGAUUCCAUUUCCGAAAACUGAUUACGAUUUCUACGAACAAGCCGUCCUUCGCAAGUUCAUCUUUGCUCCGGUCGAUUACUCUCAUUUCGGGAGUUUACAAGAAUCGAAAAGUGGAAGAAGUCUGGCGUUUCUUGAAAAAUUCCCAAAAACAUUGCGCAUUCAUGAAUUGGAUUUUUCACCGGUUCCCAAAUUCUCGGACAAUCAACAACGAUAUUUCAAUCGAUGGCUAGAGACUUUGUUUCUUCGUAUAAAGCCGAAAUACUUGACCUUUCGUUGGUCCAAAAGCUUCUCAAUCACAACUCCAUUGUGUCUCGAGAUGUGUUUCUUUAAAGCAUCGACUGAUAUCGAUAAAUACACGGAGAUGAAUCAAUCGCAGACAAUGGAUCUGAAGAUGCAGUUCGACUCCGAUUUGUUCAUAACAUUUUUGGAGGGUUUGCAACUUCGAAAAGUUCGAAUGAAUGGCGGUGGAUGUGUUUUCGCGAAAUUUCCAGUUGAUGUAGAGAGUCGAAGCAAGAUUCUCGAGAAGCUCACAUCAAAUUGGGUUGGAAUUGAAAAAUUUACGAAGCUUCGUCAAGAAUUGCCAACAAAUGACAGAAAAAUGGUUCUUUUUCUGAAAGAUUGGAAGAAAGCGCUUGAGAUUCGAAUCACUCAUAAACCAAAACCGAGCACAAUUGGAAGUCAUUUUCAGAAAUUCGAUACAGCUUACUUAGUU